UUAUCUAUCUCCGUUCUCCUUUACUAGCGAGACAAAUAGGAAGAAAAAACUAAAUUAAACAAGAAACACAAAAACGAAAAAAAAAAAGUAAAAUUGAAAAAAAAAAAAGGAAAAAAUUUAUAGUCAAGAUAAUGAAAAUCAAAGCUUCAGAGGAAUAGGUGAACCUAAAGCUGUGAAUCACAAUCAACAGAUCUUCAACUGACUCCCUCAAAUGGCGGCGCCAUUUACGGACGGAGGUGGCGGAGGAGGGGGCGUGGCGGUAAUGGCAGGACCGGUGAAUCCAAUCGACGCUUCUACACAAUCCAAAACUUGUUUGAAGAACUCGGCCUUGAAAUCGCCGAUUCUUAUCUUUUUGUUCUUCCACAAGGCGAUUAAGUUAGAGCUCGAUGGGCUCCACCGUGCCGCCAUGGCCUUCGCCACCAAUUUAGACACCGGUGGUGAUAUUAGUAGCUUGUUGGAGCGCUAUCACUUCCUUCGCGAGAUUUACAAGCACCACUGCAAUGCGGAGGACGAGGUUAUCUUUCCAGCUCUUGAUAUACGUGUGAAGAAUGUGGCACGGACUUACUCCCUUGAGCAUGAGGGGGAGAGUUUUCUUUUUGAUCAAUUAUUUCAGUUGCUGAAUUCUAGUAUGAGAAAUGAGGAAAGUUACCGGAGGGAGUUAGCCUCUUGUACAGGAGCCCUUCAGACAUCCAUUAGCCAGCAUAUGUCCAAGGAAGAGGAACAGGUCUUUCCGUUGCUUAUUGAGAAAUUUUCAUUCGAAGAGCAGGCAUCAUUGGUUUGGCAGUUUCUGUGCAGUAUUCCUGUCAAUAUGAUGGCUGAGUUUCUUCCAUGGCUCUCCUCCUCUAUAUCAUCUGAUGAACAUCAGGAUAUGGACAAGUGCUUGUGCAAGAUAAUUCCUAAGGAAAAACUUCUUCAGCAAGUUAUAUUUGCCUGGAUGAAAGGAGGAAAAGCAUCUCAUAAUAGUUGUGAAGAUAAUUUGAAGGCUACAUGUCAAAACACUGGGUCUGGUGCCUUGGUCUGUGAAACUGACAUGGGACCUUGUGCUUGGGAAUCUACCAAAACUGGUAAAAGGAGAUAUGUGGAGAUGAGUUGUGAUGCUACCAAUUCUUCUUUGUCCUGUCCUAUAGAUGAAAUCUUGCUUUGGCAUAAUGCUAUAAAAAGUGAGUUAAAUGAUAUAGCUAAGGCCGCUAGGAAGAUUCAACUUUCUGGAGAUUUUUCUGACCUGUCUGCAUUCAACAAGAGGCUGCAGUUUAUUGCAGAAGUCUGUAUAUUUCAUAGUAUUGCUGAGGAUAAAGUCAUAUUCCCUGCUGUAGAUGCAGAACUCUCAUUUGCUCAGGAGCAUGCAGAAGAAGAAAUUCAAUUUGACAAGCUGAGGUGCCUGAUAGAAAGUAUUCAAAGUACUGGAGCCAACUCAUCUUCUGCUGAAUUCUAUACAAAAUUGUGCUCACAGGCUGAUCUAAUAAUGGCCAGCAUACAGAAGCACUUCCACAAUGAGGAAGUUCAGGUUCUUCCACUUGCUCGGAAACAUUUUAGCUCCAAAAGACAGAGAGAACUUCUAUAUCAGAGCUUAUGUGUGAUGCCAUUGAAAUUGAUUGAAUGUGUCUUACCAUGGUUGGUAGGAUCACUGAGUGAAGAAGCAGCUAGAUCUUUUCUUCAAAAUAUGUAUAUGGCAGCUCCAGCAUCAGAUUUGGCCUUAGUUACACUUUUUUCUGGUUGGGCAUGCAAAGGUCAUUCUAGGAAUGUGUGCUUAUCUUCAAAUGCGAUUGGUUGUUGUCCUGCAAGAAUGGCAGGAAGCAAAGAAGAUAUCAAACAAACAUCCUGCUCGUGCUCCCAUAAUUUUUCUGCUGAUGAAAAGCUUGCAUCUGUUCAAGAAGAUGAAACAGAUGAUGAUAGAAGGCCAGUCAAACGUGGAAAUUUGAUGCCAUUGGGGGAUUGUGAUGCCUGCUCUCCUACACGAUCUGUAAAUAAUCAUAAAUCAUCUUGUAGUAAUCAGUCUUGCUGUGUCCCUGGCUUAGGAGUGAAUGGCAGUAAUCUUGGCACUUCUCUAGCUGCUGCCAAAUCUCUUCGUUCCUUGUCUAUUGGUCCUUCUGCACCUUCUCUUAACUCCAGUCUUUUUAACUGGGAAACAGAUUUAAGCUCAGCAGACAUUGGAUGCACAUCACGACCUAUUGAUAAUAUAUUUAAAUUUCAUAAGGCCAUUCGGAAAGACUUGGAAUAUUUGGAUGUCGAAUCUGGAAAACUUAAUGAUUGCAAUGAGAGUUUCCUUAGACAGUUUACUGGUAGAUUUCGUCUGUUGUGGGGUUUGUAUAGAGCUCAUAGUAAUGCAGAGGAUGACAUAGUAUUUCCAGAAUUAGAAUCUAAAGAGACUCUUCAUAAUGUCAGUCAUUCUUACACUCUAGAUCACAAGCAGGAAGAGAAAUUAUUUGGAGAUAUUUCAUCUGCGCUUUCUGACCUUACACAACUACAUGAAUGUUUGAAUAUCAAUCUCUCUGAUGAUAUUACCAGAAGUGAAGCUGUGAGAAAGUACAAUGAGAAAGCCACUGAGCUUCAGGGCAUGUGCAAAUCUAUAAGAGUGUCACUAGAUCAACAUGUUUUCCGAGAAGAACUUGAGCUGUGGCCCUUAUUUGACAGACAUUUUUCUGUGGAGGAACAGGAUAAAAUUGUUGGUCGUAUAAUAGGUACUACUGGUGCAGAAGUACUUCAGUCAAUGCUCCCAUGGGUGACUUCUGCUCUUACUCAGGAGGAGCAGAAUAUAAUGAUGGACACAUGGAAGCAGGCUACCAGAAACACAAUGUUCAGUGAGUGGCUUAAUGAGUGGUGGGAAGGAUCUGCAGCAGCUUCACCCGCGGCAACAUCAGAGGGUUGUACGCCACUUGGCUCUGAUGUCCAUGAAAGCCUGGAUCACAGUGAUCAUACUUUUAAACCUGGGUGGAAUGAUAUUUUCCGAAUGAAUCAAAAUGAGCUGGAAGCAGAGAUAAGAAAAGUUUCUCGAGAUUCAACUCUUGACCCUAGAAGAAAAGCUUAUCUUAUUCAAAAUCUUAUGACCAGUCGCUGGAUUGCUUCUCAACAGAAGUCACUCCAAGCAAGAGAUAAUGAAAGUUCAAAUGGUGAAGAGAUCUUUGGCUGUUCUCCAUCAUUUCGGGAUCCAGAGAAACAAAUUUUUGGGUGUGAGCAUUACAAAAGGAAUUGCAAACUUCGUGCUGCCUGCUGUGGCAAGUUGUUUACAUGCAGGUUUUGCCAUGACAAAGUCAGCGACCAUUCAAUGGAUAGGAAGGCUACUACUGAAAUGAUGUGCAUGUGUUGCAUGAAAAUUCAACCUGUUGGGCCAUUUUGCACAACACCCUCCUGUGGUGGUUUCUCUAUGGCAAAGUAUUAUUGUCCCAUCUGCAAAUUUUUCGAUGAUGAAAGGGUUGUUUAUCAUUGCCCUUUCUGCAAUUUAUGCCGUGUUGGGAGGGGCCUUGGUGUUGAUUUUUUUCAUUGCAUGACAUGCAAUUGCUGCCUGGCGAUGAAGUUAGUGGAUCACAAGUGCCGAGAGAAAGGUCUGGAAACGAAUUGCCCCAUUUGCUGUGAUUUUUUGUUUACAUCAAGUGCGACUGUUAGAGCACUUCCUUGUGGCCACUUCAUGCAUUCUGCUUGCUUUCAGGCAUACACAUGCAGUCACUACAUCUGUCCGAUUUGUAGCAAAUCCUUGGGAGAUAUGGCGGUUUACUUUGGCAUGCUUGACGCACUUUUGGCUUCUGAGGAGCUUCCAGAAGAAUACAGGGAUCGCUGUCAGGAUAUCUUGUGUAAUGACUGUGAUAAGAAGGGGAAUGCACGCUUCCACUGGCUGUAUCACAAGUGUGGGUUCUGUGGAUCGUAUAAUACCAGGGUAAUCAAGGUCGAUAUGAUGACAAAUACCAACUGCUCAACCUCAAAUCAAUGAGUUUCCUUUGGUUGAUAUAGGUGUGUAAAUACCACAGAGCCACUGCCAAUUUACAUGGCUUUGUAAGUCACAUACCAGCACAUUAGGCAAUUCGAUUUUCCAAUAUAUAUAUUUUUUAAAUUUUUAAAUCA